UUCCUGCAAGGAAAACCAUUGCGCGCCGCACAGCCAUGGGCCCCAGAGCAGGUGCCCUGGUGAGCCCAGGCCUUGCCCUCCUGGUGUCACUCACUGCCCACUGCUCUCCUCCCAACACCAAGGGUGCCUCCCAGGGAGGGCUGGAUGCCAGCAGGGCCAACCUGUGGGCCAGUGCCAACACCUCCCUCCUGCAAGGCUUCUGGUGCCAGCCGGCCAGCCAGCUGUCCCGGGACCAGCUUGCAGCUUUGAUCAGGAGGAUGGCAUUGCAGCAGGUCCCCCUCAGAGCCUGGCAGCUCAGCUGCCUGGCCAACCUGGCCGCCCGGCAAGGCCUCCAGCGUGACUUUGAGCUCCACCCGCCGGACCUGCUGCUCUUCUAUGACCUGACACAGGUGAGAGAAGCCAACUGCCGGGCCUUCAUCCACCGUGCUGCCCAGGGAGACACAGAACUGCUGGCCAACCUGCCUGACCAGAGGGCCGCCCUGCAGCACAGGGCCCUGGCCUGCCUGGGAGGGCCCCGUCCACGGCUCAGUGCCUCUGACCUGCUGCUCCUCGGGGUCCUGGUGUGUGACAUGGACGCAUCAAGCAUCAUGGCCGCAGACCCCUGUGUGCUGCAGAACCUGCUGCGCUGCCCUCGGCUGACAGCCACCCAGCAGUUUGCCCUCAACAGGCUGCUGGCCAGUGGCAGGACCAAGCUCGGGCCCCCUGGCUCCUGGAACCUGGAGGGGCUGCAGGCUCUGGGACCUCUGGCCACCUAUAUCAGCCCUGGCCUGUGGAUGCAGGUGCAGGAGGCCGUGGGCCUGGACUUCUUCGGCAGCAUGGUGGCCAUGUGCCGGGAGGGGCAGCUCAGCCAGCGUGAUGCCAGGCGCUUUGUCACCUGCUUCCUUGAGGCCAAGGCCAAGUUGGUUUCCUCACGGUUCAAGAGGGACACAGGUCAAACCUGCAUCCGCGGCGACAUCACUGCAGCCACGCUGCAGGACAACCUCUUCCUGGUGCGCUACGACUGCUCACAGCUCGAGUCCUGCCUGGGCAACCGCAUGCUCAGGGCCAACCUGGACCCCCUGCUGCAGCACCCGCUGCCUGCCGAGUGCCAGCAAGUUGUCAAGACCAAGUUGGCUCAGGUCUACCCGGGCGGCAUCCCUGAGGAGCAGCUGCGGCUCAUCCCCUCGCUGGUCUACCUCUACUCCUGUGGGGAGAUCGGCCGGUGGCACAUCACAUCCAGGGACACAGUUGUGGCCCUGCUGGCCCCAGAUGGGGCCCUGGAGAACCAGACGGAGGCCAUCCUGCAGAAGUUCCUGGACCACAACGGCACUGUCACUGGCGCCCUGCUUGUGGCCAUCGGGGGCUCCCGCCUCUGCUGGAUGAGCCCCCGGCAGAUCCAGGCCAUCCAGCCCUCAGAGUUCCGGCUGGCCGGCACCCUGGAUAUCUCCUCCUGCCCUCAGAGCCAGAAGAACGUGCUCUACGCCAAGGCCCGAGAGGCCUUCAGCAGUGCCAGGACAGUGGCUGCCUACUACCGCCUCAUGCGCCCUUACCUCGGCGGUGCCCCGGUGGAGGAGCUGCGGCACCUGGCCCAGGCUAACGUCUCCAUGGACAUUGACACCUUUACCAACCUGAACCCCCGUGUGCUUCAGAGCCUGAGUGUGGGCAAUGUGACCACACUGCUAGGCCAGAAUGUAGGGGACCUGCAGAAGGCUCGCAGCCACCCGACCAUCAGCUCCUGGCUCCGCAGCCUCAACCAGUCAGCCCUGGGUGAGCUGGGCCUGGACACGGACCCUACUGGCCCCACUGGCCCAGCCCACUCAACCACUGGGACCCCCAGCACCACACCCUGGAUGCCCCAGCUAGCCCCCACCUCAGACCAGCCUGGGAGUGAUGCCCCCAGCUCAGGCAGCCCUCCAGCCCACCUUGGGUACCUGCUACUUGCCAUAGCCCUGCCCUCAGGCCUCCUGUGGCUGCUGUAUUGGGGCACCCUGGAGCCUAGCUGGGACCACUCAUGGGGCACCUGCACCAUAGCUUCUGAAGGCAGCACUGGCCGGUCCCUGCCCACACCCAGCUCCCAGGACCUGGAGCCAGACUGA